GUCACUGGGGCUGGGGAGUCACCAAAGAAUAUUCGUGGCAUGUGCUGACGGGGGAUUUCACUGCUCUGCUGGGCAGACUCAGGAAGGACUUGAGGGGAAGGAAGCAGCGGGAUGUGCUCACACUGGGUCCAAGAAAUGGCUCCACGCUGUGACUGACUGCGUUGGCUUUCUGGGUUCGUGAGCUUGCUGAACCCCCACCCCCACCCCCAGCGGUAGUGGGUGAGUGGGUGAGCGGGAGAUAGUCAUAGAUAAAGAGAAACAGAGGCUGUCGGGGAGAAAAAGAGAAAGCAUGCAUUUUUGAGUGCUUGGGGUUGGAACUCAGAGAAAGAACCUUUGGCAGGGCUAGCUAAGGGCAGAAAGGAGACAGAAAGAAAGACUAGGACAGUCAGACACAGAGAGGAGAGUCAAGAGAGAGAGAGAGAGAGAGAGAGAGAGAGAGAGAGAGGCUCAGACAAGACAUCAAACCAUGUGGCUGGUGAUGGGCACCAGGGAAGUUGCCCUCAGAGGUCCUGGGGUGACCACAAUACACAGGACUUCCAGCUUGACUCCCUUGCUGCUCAUGGGAAUGCUGACCACAGGCCUGGUCCAGUCACCAAUCCCCACCUCGGUUUCUCGAGGCUUUUGGACUCUGUCUGAAAACCUGACGGCAGUGGAAGGGGCCACAGUUAAACUGAGGUGUGGGGUCAGAGCCCCUGGCAGUGUGGUGCAGUGGGCUAAGGAUGGGUUACUUCUGGGUCCAAACCCCGGGAUCCCAGGCUUCCCGAGGUACAGCCUGGAAGGAGAUCCUGCUAAAGGUGAAUUCCACCUGCGUAUCGAAACCUGUGACCUCAGUGACGAUGCGGAGUAUGAAUGCCAAGUCAGCCGCUCAGAGAUGGGUCCUGAGCUCGUGUCUCCCAAAGUAAUCCUCUCCAUCCUAGUUCCCCCUAAGGUGCUCCAGCUGACCCCCGAGGCAGGAAGCACAGUUACCUGGGUGGCUGGGCAGGAGUAUGUGGUCACUUGUGUGUCUGGAGAUGCCAAACCAGCCCCGCACAUCACCUUCAUCCAGGGUGGACACACGGUCCUGGACGUCUCCUAUAAUGUGAACGAUGGAUCCGAGGAGAAGCUCUUCAUUGCAGAAGCUGAAGCCAGGGUGACACCCCAGAGCUCAGAUAAUGGGCAGUUACUAUUCUGUGAGGGUUCCAGCCCAGCUUUGGACAUUCCCAUCAAGGCUUCCUUCACCAUGAAUAUUCUGUUCCCCCCAGGACCUCCUGUCAUUGACUGGCCAGGCUUGGAUGAGGGGCAUGUACGGGCAGGGCAGAACCUGGAGCUGCCCUGCAUGGCCCGAGGUGGAAAUCCACCUGCUACCCUGCAGUGGCUGAAGAAUGGUAAACCAGUGUCCAUAGCUUGGGGCACAGAGCAUGCUCAGGCUGUGGCCCGCAGUGUGUUAGUGAUGGCUGUGCGACCUGAAGACCAUGGAGCCCAGCUCAGCUGUCUGUCCUACAACAGCGUGUCUACAGGGACCCAGGAGCGAAGCAUCACACUGCAGGUCACCUUUCCCCCCAGUGCCAUCACCAUCCUGGGAUCUGCAUCCCAAUCUGAGAACAAGAACGUGACCCUUUGCUGCCUUACGAAGUCCAGUCGCCCCCGGGUCCUGCUGCGAUGGUGGCUGGGUGGACGGCAGCUGCUGCCCACGGAUGAGACAGUCAUGGAUGGCCUGCAUGGUGGCCACAUCUCCAUGUCCAAUCUGACACUCUUGGUGCGGAGGGAAGACAAUGGCUUGUCCCUCACCUGUGAGGCCUUCAGUGAUGCCUUCAGCAAGGAGACCUUCAAGAAAUCACUCACCUUGAAUGUAAAAUACCCUGCCCAGAAGCUGUGGAUUGAAGGACCCCAAGAGGGGCAGUACAUUCGUACUGGGACUCGGGUAAGGCUGGUGUGUUUGGCCAUCGGAGGCAAUCCAGAACCCUCCCUCACCUGGUAUAAGGACUCACGCACGGUGAGCGAGCCUCGGCAGCCCCAGGAACCCCGGCGUGUGCAGUUGGGCAGUCUGGAGAAGUCUGGCAGCACUUUCUCCCGCGAGCUGGUGCUGGUCAUAGGACCGUCGGACAAUCGAGCCAAGUUCUCAUGCAAGGCGGGUCAGCUCAGUGCUUCCAGGCAGCUGGAGGUGCAGUUCCCUCCAACCAACCUGACCAUCCUGGCCAACUCUUCGACGCUGCGCCCAGGUGACGCCUUGAACUUGACCUGCGUCAGCAUUAGCAGCAAUCCCCCAGUUAACUUGUCUUGGGACAAGGAGGGAGAGAGGUUGGAAGACGUGGCUGCCCCGCCCCAGAGCGCCCCGUUCAAAGGUUCCACUGCAUCCAGGAGUGUUUUCCUUCGGGUGUCAUCCCGAGACCACGGUCACCGGGUGACCUGCCGAGCCCACAGCGCUGCACUUCGUGAAACCGUGAGCUCCUUCUACAGCCUCAACGUGCUGUACCCUCCAGAGUUCCUGGGGGAGCAAGUGCUGGUAGUGACCGUGGAGGAGCAGGGCCAGGCGCUACUGCCUGUGUCGGUGUCUGCUAACCCGGCGCCGGAGGCUUUCAACUGGACCUUCCGAGGCUACCGCCUCAGCCCAGCUGGCGGUCCCCGGCAUCGCAUCCUAUCCGGUGGAGCUCUACAGCUGUGGAAUGUGACCCGAGCUGAUGGUGGCGUCUAUCAGCUACACUGCCAGAAUUCUGAGGGCACUGCCGAGGCGCUGUUGAAGCUGGACGUGCAUUACGCUCCCACCAUCCGUGCCCUCUGGGACCCGACCGAGGUGAAUGUCGGGGGUUCUGUGGACAUAGUCUGUACCGUGGAUGCCAACCCCGUGCUCCCAGAGAUGUUCAGCUGGGAGAGACUGGGGGAAGAGGAGGAAGAUCUGAGCCUGGAUGACGUGGAGAUGGUGUCAAAGGGAUCCACUGGGCGUCUGCGGAUUCACCAGGCCAAACUGUCACAGGCUGGUGCUUACCAGUGCAUUGUGGACAAUGGGGUGGCACCCGUGGCAAGAGGGCUGGUCCGUCUGGUUGUCAGAUUCGCUCCUCAGGUGGAUCAUCCAACUCCCCUGACGAAAGUGGCUGCAGCUGGGGACAGCACCAGCUCAGCGACCCUCCACUGUCGGGCCCGAGGUGUCCCCAACAUCGACUUCACUUGGACCAAAAACGGGGUCCCUCUGGAUCUCCAAGAUCCCAGCCCUCUCUUCAGGUACACAGAGCACAGGUACCACCAGGGUGUUGUCCACAGCAGCCUCUUGACCAUUGCUAACGUGUCCGCAGCCCAGGACUAUGCCCUCUUCACUUGCACGGCCACCAAUGACCUCGGUUCGGACCACACCAACAUCCAGCUCGUCAGCAUCAGCCGCCCUGACCCUCCUUGGGGACUGAAGGUGGUGAGCACAACCCCUCACUCCGUAGGGCUGGAGUGGAAGCCUGGCUUUGACGGGGGUCUGCCUCAGCGGUUCCAGAUCAGGUAUGAGGCCCUCGAGACGCCAGGCUUCCUCUAAGUGGAUGUCCUGCCACCCCAGGCCACCACCUUCACGCUGACUGGACUGAAGCCUUCUACGCGGUACAGGAUCUGGCUGUUGGCCAGCAAUGCCCUUGGCGACAGUGGAUUGACUGACAAAGGGAUCCAGGUCUCCAUCACUACCCCAGGCUUGGACGAGACUCUUGAAGACACAGACCACCAGCUACCCACAGAGCAGCCUCCAGGC